AUGACAAGGAUGCAAGUGGUUACCUUGUUUGGCCUAAAGAUGAUUGUGGAGUACUCGAUUGGCCAAGAAUAUGGCAUCAGUGAGGCAGAUACUAACGGCAGAACAGCAUUGCACAUCGCCGCCGAGGGGGACUAUCUGAAAGUAGCAGAGUUGCUCCUGGAUAGGCUGCCGGGGACAUGGGAUAAGAGGGACCACCAUUGGCAAAUACCUCUACACCUAGCCGCAUUGAAUGGACACUGGGGAGUCGUAAAAUUUCUGGUCACCAAAUAUGGUGUAAAUCCUGAUACAAGAGAUCGGUACAAUCGGAUGGCCUUUCAUUGA